AUGGAUGUCUGUCGGAGGGAGGAAAUAUUGAGGAUUUCGGACUUCCGGAGAUUAAAGCGGUGGUUUCAGACAAGAGACUAUACAUCUUGGAUCCUAAUAUCGCAUUCCCCGAAAAUACUCCUAGGAAAAAACGCCACCCUCGCCCUGUCCCUGAACGAGAAAUGGAAGAGUGACGACAUCACCCUGGAUACACUGAACAGGGGCGGCCUGCUCGCGAGGGACGCCGUCCAUACGAACGCCAGGUGGGCCUCUGAAGGGAUGCCAGGCAACGCACAGUCGUACAAAAUCUUCAACUGGGGAGGCAAAGCCCGGUACAAAGACGACGACCCGAGGUACCGCGCCCCGCCGCCGCUGAUACGCCUCACGCCGAGCCGCGUCGGCACCAUGCCCGCCACGACUGAAGGCGGAUGGGCCGUGGUCGCGAAGCCACUAAACACCCCUGAGACGAUACUGCGGACAGACAAGGGCGCCCGGACGACUUGCAAAGGCGUGGGCUACCUCCUCGGCGGCGUGACGCCGUACAGCAAGGGCGAGGAUGCCAUCCCGGGGCCUGGUGACGCUGGACCUGGAGCGCACUCGCUUCCUGAACCGGACCGCACCGGACUUUGGCUCCCGCCGCCAGCCCUCUCUCCUCGGAACCUAUCGAAAUGGCGCCGCAGUGCCAUUCGCACCUGGGGUCUGGUGCAGAUAGACAGGGUGUACAUGUACGACAUCGCCACCGAGAAGCUCUACAUGCAGCCGGCGACGGGCGGGGGCGUCGAUGGAACGCCAGAGGUUCGCAGAAGCCCUUGCGCGGUGGCCGCGGGGUCGCAUUCCGGAGGGACGUACGAGGUUGUCGUGUUUGUCGGCUCUGACAAGGGCGAGGUUUCGUCCGACGUGCACGUUGUCACCAUCCCGGGCUUCCAAUGGUUCAGGGUUCCCAACACCGACAAGGAAAACAAGCCCAUGGACGGGCAUCAGUGCACAGUCGUGGGGGAUGGCCAGCGGCAGAUGCUCUCGCUCGGCGGAAACGUCGAUGGUGUCGACCCAUGGCGUGAUGCAAUUGAGAUCCUGGAUAUGACAGAGUUGAAAUGA